AUGGAAAUAAACAUCACAGAAAACAGGAGCAUUUCCAGCUCUAUACAGAUUUUUUACUCAUCAGUAAAUAAUAAGGUGGUGGUAGUGCAGGGGCUGAUAGGACUUUUACUUUGUGUCAACUCUCUCAUGAUCUUUACCUUUAUCAGACAGGAGGUGUUUCGAACUGACACACGGUACAUUUUGUUUGCACAGAUGCUGUUCCUGGACUCCACUCUGAUGUUGAUGACAGACUUGGCUGUUCUUGGUGCUUAUUUCCAGUAUCCACUUACCAGCAUUCUGUGCGUUAUACUUUGUGUCUUCAUGGAUGGGUUCACUUACGGCACACCCCUGACCCUAGUAGUCAUGUGCCUGGAACGGUAUGUGGCCAUCUGCCUGCCUCUAAGACAUGCUGACAUCUCCAACCCUAAAACCAGGCUGAUAGGUCUUCUCUUAGUGUGGCUAUUCAGCUUCAUACCUUCAUUGACUGAAUUAUUUGCAUUACUAUCUGUGGCCCCAUUCAGCUUUUGGUUCUCCUCAGCUGUCUGCAAUUUCGAUGUCAUGAACUUGAGCAGUUGGCACAGCCUCCUAAGAACAGGAAUAUCUCAGCUGUAUUUUCUGGUAUUGUCUGCCAUUACUACUUUUACCUACAUCAAAAUAGUGGUCGCCGCUAGACUGGCCUCCGCUGAGAGUAAGAAGUCUGCCUCUAAAUGUCUCAGAACUGUCAUUCUUCAUGCCUUCCAGCUGGUUCUUUGUUUCAUCCAGUUCUGGUGUCCGUUUAUUGAAUCAGCUGUCAUGAAAAUUGAUAUAACGCUAUUUGUGAAUGUCAGAUACUCCAACUUUGUCUUGUUUUUGAUCUUGCCACGCUGCCUGAGCUCUCUUAUUUACGGACUAAGAGAUGCAAAGUUUUUCCUGGCUUUGAAAUACAAUUUCUUUUUUGGGAUGAAUAAAAAUAUCUGCCCAGUUCUUGAUCAGGGGACCUCCAAUUCUAAUGCAAAUACGUGUACAUAA